GAGUCACUGGGACUUGAAUUUGAUGCUGAUCUUCUCAAGGUAUGUCAUGAGUCGGCAAUCUGUGCCUUGUAUGCUGAUCUCUCAAGACAGUGCAUGACUUGUGGACAUCGCUUCAAGACCCAAGAAGAGCACAACGCUCACAUGGAUUGGCACGUAAGUGGUUUGGCGGAGUCCAGCGGAGUAAUGCCCAUUGUAGACUUGAGGCAAGAUAAUGAGGUCAUUGUAGAAGAGGGCAGUCAAAGGAAACCGGAAUUAAAAGUUGUGGUAGACCAAUCUUAA